UCCAGUCCCCUUCCCUCAUCUGAAAUACACACUCACACACAUCCACCGACGUCCGUGCAAGGCGCACAUCCAUAGGCUGUAGACACGCACACGGCGCCAGAUGCGCUCGGCAACUUCUCCGCCUGCCGCGUUCAGGGUUUCAUUCCAAGUCGGGAGACGCGCGGGGAGGGAGAGGACCUGUUGGACGUUACCAAGAGCGACGUUGACAGACGUGUAAACUACUUUUCCAAGGUGACAACUUUUGCUGUUGUUGCUUGGGUGCAAUCUUCCUCUCGGUUCAACAGCCUCGGAUCUAAAGAGUGAAUGAAGCUGGUGAAGCCUGUGCUGCGUUAUCAAAUCUCCGAACCGCGCAGUUGGGAUUUAAAUCAGCAUUUGACGGCCACAAUGCAUCAUGCUGUGAAAUAACUAACUUCCCACCGGACAAAAGGAUUUCAAGUGAUAAUCCCAGUGUAGCUUCUCCCCUUGUGGAGUGAAGAUGCAUCAGAGUGUGUGUGUGCCUGCGGCACUGUUGGCUGUGCUGCUGCUGACACUUGUGGUUCCUGGCGGACAGUCCUGUCCCAGAAGCUGUAACUGCUACCAGGCCGACGAAGUCCACUGUACUUUUCGCUCCCUGCUCACUAUACCACCUGGACUGCCUUCACACACACGGCGCAUCAAUUUAGGGUUCAACAGCAUCAGCAGGAUCCCUGACAGUUCACUGGCCGGGCUGAAGAGGGCGGAACUUCUCAUGCUCCACAGCAAUGAUCUCCACCAUCUCCCAGAUGCAGUAUUCAAAGAUAUGAAAUCACUGCAGAUACUCAAGCUGAGUUAUAACAAGCUGAGAGAGAUCUCUUCAUCUCUGACCUUCUCUGGCCUGACCUCACUGCUGCGUCUGUACUUGGAUCACAACCUCCUCCAACAUAUCCAUCCCAGAGCCCUGCUCCAGCUGCCUAGCCUCAGGCUGCUGCGUCUGCAAGGAAACAGGCUGCAUCAGCUGCACCCUCAUACUCUGUGCACACUGUCCCUCCUGAACACGUAUUACUUCUCUACACUCAGACACUUAGACCUGUCCAACAACAGUCUGACCACACUGCCCAAAGACACCUUAGCGACUGCCCCUCAGCUUGAGACUCUUGUGCUGCAGGCUAAUCCAUGGAGUUGCGACUGUAGGAUGAACUGGUUGCUCUCUUGGAAUCUGGCUCACCCAGGCUUAAUGAAAUGUCCCGGUGGCCCUCAGUGCCCAACCUGCAUGUCGCCCAAUUCCCUUCAAGGACAGGGCCUGCUUGAUCAGACUGACCUACCAUGCACGUCACCUGUCAUCCCUCUCCCAGGGAGAAACACAUCUUUGGAGACAGAACUCAGUGAAAUCCAAUCAAGUGAAACCUUCAGAGAGCCUGUGGGCAGUGCCUCUGUGGGCCUAUCUGACCAACAAGGGAACAGUGUUGAUCUGAGUUGCAAUAUCACCCACUCCUCCGACUCUCAGGAUAUUGCUCUUCCUCCAGAUCUCUCCCUUUCCUCCUCAUCUCCUAUCCCUCUCGCUCUGUCACUCUCCCUGGAAUGUCCUGUAGAGAGAGAGAGCUAUGAAAAACUUUGGAGGAUCCUGGCUUACUAUAGUGAGACUGCGGUUCGCCUUGAGAGGGAAAUCAUGCUGAGUAAAGCCCCAGCGCUGGCCUACCGCUACAGUCAGGCAGCAGAGACAGGCGGAUAUUAUCACACUGGAGUUAAAGCUUCUGUUAAAGUCAAACCGCAGUGGUUACUACAACCAGCUAUUAGCAUCCAGCUAAACAGAGCGCAGUCUAACGGACACAUAGUUCACCUUAUAUACUCAGCAAAAGUUUCUGCUCAUGCUGUCCCUACAUAUAAUCCCUCGACAUCCUCCCAUGCUUCUCACCCAUGGGUUCUAGUUUCAACUAAUCAUACCAUCACAGCAAUAGCGGUAGUAUCGGGCAUUAAGGUGGAACUCCCCUGCCCUCAUCUAAGUUCUGGCAACCCUAAAGUACAGUGGAUUCUCCCAGAUGGAUCUAAGCUCAUCUCCCCCUCCAGCAGCCUGGAUGGAAGGGUCCGCGCCUCAGCCUCUGGUUUACUUCUAGACCAAGUGCAGCUCUCAGAUGCUGGACUUUAUUACUGUGUGGCCCAGGCUGGCAGGGAUUCAGAUGCUCUCCCCCUAAGCCUGGCAGUGGAGGAUUCCUCUGUACCGCUUGCAGGAGAGCAAUUGGGGCCGCCUGUCACUGUGACAGUUGGGGAGCCAGUCAGUCUCUCCUGCAAGGCAUCGGGUUCACCAGCACCUUAUAUCAGUUGGGUGUUGCCAGAUGGAAAUAUACUUCGGUCUGGAUUAGCUGCAUCAGGUGGACUCACUAUACAGCCUAAUGGGAGUCUAUCUCUGCCUAACCCUUCUCUGAGUGAUGCUGGUCAUUAUCGCUGCAUUGCAGUUAACCGUUACGGAAGUGACUCUCUGUCCAUGCAGUUGGGAAUAAAAACACUACACCCUCCUCUGCUUAGGACUUUGAUUCCCAGUGGGCCACAGUCAGCCUCUGGCCGGUCAACCAAGAUACGAGCCCCUUUACUACGUCAGAUGGAGGAAGGAUCAGGGGAUGAAGAUGAAGAAGAAGAGAGCACUCUUGCUGGGAAUAGGAAGUCAACAGGACCCCACCAACCUCUCCCUAACAGACGCUAUCCAUUUGGAAAACCCAAAAGACGUUGGCCUGUGAGAGAAGGCCCCCCAAGAAGAGGAGGAGGGCUUGUAUCCUCCACUAACCAGAGAAGAAACCGCUUUGACAACAGACAUAGAGUCACCACAAACAAACAAAGAAUAGACCCUCUGAAAUGGGCCGACCUACUGGCUAAAAUACGUCAAAAGAAUACUCAUACUACUAACAACCAACCCAUCACUGCAGCUGAACCCACAGCUGAACCGGUUGAAAGCGGUAAAGACAGAGACACAGCAAGAGACAAUGGAGUGGUCGAUAGAGAUAGAGGAAGAGCUGAGGGAGCAGGGGUGGAAGCAGAAACAGAAGGGUCAUCUGUUGAUGAAACUGUUCUACAAGAGGAAGGCCUACAGCCCAUCCAAACUGUUCUCACUCAAAUGCAGACACACUCUGAGACAAAAUCAGAUACAGAUAUAGAGAAAGGUAGAGAGAGGUCAACAGAAACACAGACUGACACAGAUAAAAAGACACAUAUACAGACUCAGAACCCAGGUCCACAGACAGAGACAGCGACAACACCAGAGACACAGCAAGAACCAGUCACAUAUACGCCAAUCUCUGGAAGUAAUGAAAUUGUCCCAGAACCAGCUGAAGGAGAUGACAGAGGAGCAAACCCCAACCCAACUAGAACUAGGCCUCAGAGCCCACGGAAGAGACUGCCAAAUUUGGUUCCAAACUCCCGAUCUCAAAGCCCUUGGAAUUCUCGCAGGAGGCUUGGACAGCAAAGACGAAUUAAAAACAGGCCCAGGCUGCAACCGUUCACCCCAGCCCGACCUCUCCCUGACCCUACACACCAAAGGUCUCAAACAGCAACACCUGAUACUACCACAGGUCAAAGUGAUAUGUUGUUGCUGGUGUCAUCAACUACAUCUCCAUCUACUUUGUUGUCAAGGAAUGACCGUAUUAAGACCACUCCAAAUGGUGCAGCACUGAAUUCUCUCUCUCCCCUUGUUUCUCACACUCUCGGUAUCUCAACCUCACAAUCUGCCUCCCCCUCAUUGACUCCCUCUGCCAGCCUCUUCACCUCAUUGUCCCCCUCUCACACAAACCCACGUAUAGACAUGAUGACUCACUCAGCCAGCAUCUCAGACACUGCAGAGUCCACUCUUUUCAACACAGCAACACCAGCGCCCACUCACUCAGAUUUUGUGAUCACACAGACACAUGUGCCACAGACAUACGCCAGGAAACUUACACAUGGCGUACAGACACACACAAACACACACACAGCUUUAAGUAAACAUGUUGAUAUACCCUCAAGCAAGCACAGUGACGAGCAGCAGAGGAAUUUGUUGGGUAUGCCAUAUGAAUCUCAUUCCACCACUCUCUCUUCCACUCACUCAUCCAUUGUUUCCUCCAGUGCAGCUAUAGCUACUAUUGCAAAAACACCUCUUCCAACCACUCUCAAGAGUACUAAUUUUACUACUUUAGUUGGAAAUACUACAAGUACAUCUACCAUUACAAUAAGUGAGGAUACAACAACUACUCCUAUGAUAACAAAUCCAAUCAUGUCUACUACAACUACCAUUAUUAUCCCAAAAUCUAGCGCUACCAGAAGUAUGACAAAGAAUCCUACCUCUACAACUACCACAACUCUAAUUCAUACAUCAACAACCCCCACUACCACAGCUAUUUAUUCAGCUAGCCCGUCUACUACAAAUACUACUACUGCUGCUACUAGUACUAAAACCUCACUCAAAGCUUUCCCCUCAACUCCAAACCACACUACUACAUCUACUGCAACAACUAGCAGUCCUAGAAUGACCACCUCAGUCAAAACUUCUCCAACAACUAUUAGGACACCUACUUCUAUUACAUCUUCUACUGCAACCACAACAAUGACAUCAACAAGUACCAGAACAUCAUUCAGAGAGAGGCCAAGCAUUGGCCGAGUUGACACCCAAGGGAGGCCUGUUUCUGGGGCUCAAAAUCAGAGUCGAUCACCUCAUGACUGGAAGAACCCUGGAGCUAAUUCUAUUCCUGAUUCACACAGCAGCAGGCCACACUGGUCCCCUUCACUCCCUGCUGUCCCUGGGGCCCCAGUUCUGAGAACCAGACCAAGAAUUCGAGACCCACACAUCAGGACAGUGUCAUUUCCAGCGGAGAGCACUGCAAGGAUGGCGUGUGAAGCUCAAGGAGAGCCAAAACCUUCCAUCACAUGGACCAAGGUUGCCACAGGAGCAGUGAUGUCAAUCCACUCCAAGGCUCAGCGUUUUGAGGUCUUGCCAAAUGGCACCCUUGUUAUCCAGAAUGUUCAGCUGCAGGACAGGGGCACAUACAUCUGCAGUGCACACAGCUUCCUGGGUCGUGACAGGUUGCUAACUACCCUGGAAGUAUGGACCCGCCCCCCUCGGAUGCAGCUGGCGAGUUACAGAGAAGCCACCAUUCAUCAGGGUGGAGAAGUGCUCUUGGAGUGCCAGGCAGAUGGUGUUCCCACCCCUCUGCUGUCUUGGGUUCUGCCGGAUCGUUCUGUCCUGACGUCUGCUCCCCCCUCCGCCAGUCGCGUCUUCAUGGACACAAAUGGAACCCUCCAUAUCGCAGCAACUUUAACUAGUGACAGAGGAGUGUAUCGCUGUGUGGCCUCCAACUCAGCAGGUGCUGCCAGUUCCUCUGUGCGUGUACACGUGUCUUCGUUGCCCCCGGUGAUACAGCAACCCAGAGAGGAACACCUGCUCUUGUCUCCAGGGAGGCCUGUUUAUGCUCACUGCUCUGCCCGAGGUGCCCCACCACCAACUCUGCGCUGGCGAAUCCCAGAUGGGACUUUGGUUCGCCCAUCUCAGUUUCUCCAUGGUAACCUCUUCGUCUUGCCCAAUGGGACACUGCACAUUCGAAGUGUUGGCCCAAAGGACUCAGGAAGUUACGAAUGCACAGCAAGUAAUGCUGUAGGAGCUGAUAAGAGAACAGUGAGUGUAAGAAUUGAAGGGGGGGCAGAAGGAGGAAGAAGAGGAGGAGGAACUGGAAAGGGAGACACAAAAGCAGUUGCUAUUGAAAAACAAUUUCCUUCAUAUUCACUCAAUAAAGGCAGAACUUUGCUCAUCCCAAGCCACCCCACAAAUCCAGUCAACCCCCCUAUACUUUCCCCUCCAUUGCUUGCUGACAGAUCCAGGACCUUGCCGAUCACCCCUGGCUCUUCUCACUCCUCUCCUAACCCUCACCAACCCAAUUCCACAAUCUCAUCUCCCAAAAUCAAUAAAACACUCACUGCCUUCCCCACACACUUUACUGACAUCAACAAAACAAAACUUUCCCCUCUCUCCCUACCCUCCACAGUGCCUACCAAUAACACAAAAAUCCUAGCCAGUGUUGUAAACACAAGAGUUACUUCUUUCCCCCCCUCCGACAAAAGCAGAGCUUCAGCUGUUAGGCAUCACUUGCCUGUCUCUCCCUUCAGUAAAGCCCGUAUUGUCUCUACAUCACCCUCCAUUACCACUGUCCACUAUGGGGGGAUUUUGCAUCUACACUGCACUGUAACUGGCAACCCACCCCCCAUCAUCAUCUGGAGAACCCCUAACAGGAAACUGGUGGACAUGCACUUCAGCUAUGAUCGUCGUCUGAAGGUGCAUCCUAAUGGCACCCUGUCCGCCCAGGCAGUAACAGAGAAGGAUGCUGGAGACUACCUCUGUAUCGCACGCAACAAGGUCGCAGAUGAUUAUCGCCUCCUGCGUGUCUCUGUGGCUACUAAGCCUGCUAAGAUUGAGCCAAAACAGCCACCCAAUCAGAUGGUGUCGUUCGGCAAGUCUCUGAAGGUUGACUGUCAGGCAUCUGGACUUCCCAACCCAGCUGUUCAUUGGAGUCUACCAGAUGGAACCAUGGUGAACAGUGUGCUGCUGGGGGAGGACAGGGGAGGGCGAGCACGGAGGCUAACUGUUUUUGACAAUGGGACGUUACUGGUUCCAGCAGUGGGUAUGGGAGAGGAAGGGGAGUACACGUGCUAUGCUGAAAAUCAAGGAGGUCAAGACAUCAUGAAGGUCAAAGUGAAAGUCACGAGGACUUCUCCACCAACCUUCGCAGAUGAUAAAAGCUACCACGUCAUCAAAGUACGUCAGGGGGUGACAGCAAAACUUCGCUGCCAGGCCACAGGAGAUCCUCACCCAACAGUGACAUGGCUCUCCCCAGCCGGCCGUGUCAUCCCACGAAGUCUGGGCUCUGGUUACUACUCAGAGAGGGUUGUGGUGGUUUCAGAUGGAACUUUGGAGGUGCGCCUGGCCCAAAAGAUUGACACAGGAAACUAUACAUGCCGAGCAAGCAACUCAGGUGGGGAGAGGAGCAUGGUGGUGGGCCUGGCGGUGGAGGCUUUUAACCAGGUAACGAGUGGCCAAGUGGGAGGAAGAAGUACUAACAGCGGGCCCAAUAAUAGUAGACUAGGGGUCAACAUUAAUAAUGCAGGAAUAAUCCAGUAUGGAUUUACCAAUGGAGCCUCAAACAAGUUGGGUAGCAAAAACAGUGUCAAUAAUGGCAAUAGUGAUAACAAUGGCAAUACAAGCAACACAGAACCAAACACUGGCAUUAAGAGUGGCAGUGAAUCUAAUCCGGCCCUUAGGAGUGAUAGUCAAAAUGGAUUCAACAGACCUGUCAGUGGGAUUGCAACACAACCUGGUAGCAGUGUAUUUAGUGUCAGGGUGAGCGGGGCAAGGAAUGUAGGCGUUAAAGCAGAUAAUAUUGGAAUAAAUAGAAAUGAACCUGGCAUUGUGAGUGGUAUUAGUAAUAGUGUGGGUAGCAGUCACGGCACAGUUACAGGUGUCGAAAAGAAUCCCAGGAGUAAUUAUAAUGAAGUCAUUGCAGGAAGGGCUAGUAGUGAUGACAACACCAGAAGGAUAAGUGGUAUCUCUACAAAUGCUGGCGUUAGCAGCAGUGUAACUAAUAGUGGACCUGGUACGGGCACACUCAGAGGAAACUGGUUCAGUCGGAGUAGCCAUAUAGACGUUAGCAAUGAUGACAGCAGGACUAGUGGUGUUAUAGCUGCUAGUAAUACAGGCGCUAAAAACUCUGCUAAUACAGUUGUAGGUGUGGUAACGACAGUGAAGCAGCGAGCUGUGAAAGGCCAAACUGUUCUUUUGCCAUGCCCGUCCCAGGGCUCCCCUCCCCCUCGUCUGGCCUGGCUUCUGCCCGGUAACGGCGUGUUGCCUGCUCCUUACUAUGGCAGUCGACUCACUGUGCACAGAAAUGGCUCCUUGGAGCUGCGUGGUGUGCGGGCGACUGAUGCUGGGACCCUGGUUUGUGUAGUGAAAAGCGAGAGAGGAGAGACAAGGAUUCAGUUGGAACUGGAAGUGUCCGAGCCACAGGAGGAGGCCAGAACUCCUCACAGGGGAACAAAUGUGGAAAGACCUCUGCAGAAAAUUGCUGGUUUAGUUGAGGCACCUCAAUCAGGUGCCUCCUUGCUUUCAGCUCAGUCCUCAAGCUCAGUGUUGCCUGAGAGGCUUCAUUCAAGAAUACCAGUGACUCCAAAGCCUCUGCAGAGGGGCCUAAGUUUACCUGCAGCACCUCACCCCCUUGGACCUCCACUCCGGACUGGCCCCGUCUCAGAGCCAGCAGUGAGCACCAGAACAGCCUCCUUGGUGACCAUCAUUAACGGAGAGACCCUUCGCCUGCCUUGCCCUGCUCCUCAAACCCCAGGAUACACUCAGGGCUCUCUCUCGUGGACCAUGCCCAGUGGCAAAGUGCUAUCCCGGGGUGAGAGUGGCGACUCAGGUCGAUUGUUCGUCCAAGAGGAUGGAACGAUAACAGUGCAACAGGCCUCAGUGUUCGAUCGAGGCACCUACACCUGCAGAUCCACCAGUAACGACUCCUCCUCAAUUUCGGCCGUCACAGUUCCUGUCAUCGUCAUCGCCUACCCCCCUCGUAUUACAACUGGCCCCUCCCCUGUAACCUACACACGCCCGGGGGUUGCUGUGGAGCUGCCCUGCUUGACCAUAGCAACACCUCGGGCAACAGUGACCUGGGAAACACCAGACCUGACACAGCUGAGGGUGAUGGGUCAGGCUCGUAUCUAUGGCAACCGCUACCUUAGUCCUCAGGGUUCCUUGGUGAUACAGAACCCGACAAGUAGGGAUACUGGGUUUUACAGAUGCACCGCCAAAAAUGUAAUAGGAGUGGACACCAAAGCCACCUAUCUGCAUGUUAUAUAAUGGGGUAAAGCAAACGCACACACACACUCACACACACACACACACACACACACACAAAAGCACACACACACACACACAUACACACAAGCACACACACACACACACACACACACACACACACACACACACACACACACACACACACACACACACACACAAAAUAGAAAGACAGGGACCCACCAGUCUUCUGUACUGGUGAAUGAACUCCUCUGCUGUGAACACAAUGUGUCCCUCAUGCCCAAAGGAACUGCAAGGCUCUGUGCAGGAGAAACUGUUGAGUCUCAGAGAAGACACGACUAAUAUACAGUGUUUGUCUCAUAUAUGUAUUUUUGUAAGGUAUGACUUACAAAGUUUUCGUCCAUGCAUUUGUCUCUGCAUGAACGAUGUAUGUUUAAGGAGGAUUGUUUUAUUAAGCUGGUGAUACAUUACCUAUUAUGUUCUGUCUUCCUGCUUUGUGUUCAAAUUUAAGACCAAGCCUUGUGGACAAAACCAAUAUCUCAUCAAUCCAAAAACAUUACUUUUACAUCCACUAUGAACAUUUUCAUCAUGUCAAAACCCUGCAGCUAGAAAUGGUAGAGGGUUUGUCAAUGUUGAGGUUAUGUGAUCAUUUUUCUAUUUUGCACAGUCUCAAUAUAUACAGUCUAUGUCUCAAACUCAAUAGUUGCUACACUCACUAAUACAAAUUGCCAAAAAACAAAGAUGCCUAACUUGGCUUUAUUGCUUUACUAUGCAUCUGUGAACUAAUAUUGAACUACGGUGUACAAUGUCAUUGAGUCACUGAAUAAUAUGGACACCACAAGUCGUUGCACAAAGAGGCUGCUUUUUUACAUAAUGUCAUAUAAUAUAAUCCUCUUUGAUCUUGGAGAAUAUUUAUAAGAUAUAUAUUUUUCAACUGUUGCAAAUUUUGGAACUUGAAAAUAUACUUAAUAAUACAUUAAAUAUUUCAGCUUGAAGUUUACUUUAUCAACUAUUGAUAUGCCUUUUGGUUGAGUUUUGUUUGUUUGGUGCAUACUCCAUGUAGCAAAUAUUAACUUAAAUUGACCACUGUAUUUGCAUUUUCAUUUAAUCUUUGACCGACAUGAUGACAGAAGAUGUCAACAUUAUGAUCCCCCAAAACACCAGCUUCUUAUUUGUGGCUUUCAAACCAUGACAAAGUGCCAUCGACUGAAUGUCACAUUCCUACAGUAUUACUUAGGCAGAAUGAGAUGCGGUACAAGGCAUUCAUGUUACCACAAUAGCCAACUAUUGGAAGAGUGAUUUUCAUGAUUGUUUUGACAACGAUUGUAUAAAUGUUUGUGUGAUUCACGAGUCUGCCCUGAGUUUGUGCACAAAGCAAAGCUUAUAGUUAGCAUGUCUGUUUUCAUUUUGUGUUUUAAAUUAUUUGUCUCAUAAAGACUCUUUUGUGUUUUCUCCUAAAAGAGGAAAUUAUUCAUUAUUAUUAUUAUUAUUAUUAUUAUUAUGUAUGUUUGAUGUCUCACUAGCUGUGGAUGAAUGAUAUUUUUAACUGCUUCAUUUUAUAAAUAAAAAUGGAAAAU